UUAAUCAUUCAUAACAUGACUAUUCUAUAAGAGUGAGAUGAUAUGCAUUUGUGUAGAUAAGAAGUGAUUCUUCAGGUUGUAACUUGUUCCAAUCAAUUAUCUUAACUUGUGUGCUUUUGUAUUUACUUGCUUAUGGACACUAUCUGUCUAUCUUCAUUCAUCACCCAACUCUUCUUUCUUGUAUAGCUUCACAACCUCAACUGCAAUCAAAUCCAAACUCUUUCAAUAAUGAGUUGCUUCAACUGGUUGCUCUAUUUAGCUGCUGCUUUGGCCGUGAUACGCAACGAGCUUCUAGUUGAUUCAGCUAGUGACAAGAAGCACCACAGCGGACCAGUUGUUAAUGUGACCAAGCACCUCAUGUUCCCAGAUUUCAACCUCUCCUACAACCCCCGAAUCUUGAACGAUGUAAAGCUCUUAGGCAGUGCCAAGCUUGCUUCAAAAACCAGUGCUAUACAAAUCCCCGACGAGUCUCAUGUCACUGAUCUCAGACACCAAGCCGGCCGAGCCAUCUACUCUUCUUCAAUCCGACUCCUGGACCCUCACACCGAAACCCCUGCCUCUUUCGAAACAACCUUCUCUUUUCAAUUCCACAAUGCCUCUUCAUCUUCACCUGAACGAAUCCAAACUACUCAAAGCGGUGGUUAUGGUAAUGGUGGCAGUGGACUAGCCUUCGUCAUCGUCCCGGAUGAGUUCACAGUUGGCAGACCUGGUGCUUGGCUUGCCAUGCUCAACGAUGCUUGUGAAGAUGACUACAAGGUCAUAGCAAUCGAAUUCGACACACGUUUGAAUCCAGAGUUUGGAGACCCUAAUGAUAACCAUGUAGGUAUCAACUUGGGGACUAUUAUCUCCACUGAAACAAUCAACGCUUCUGAUGUUGGCGUCUUCCUCAACGACGGUUCAGUCCACCGAGCUUGGAUAAGCUACAACGGCUCACGCCGUUGGAUGGAAAUUCGUUUGGGAUCAGACGACGGAAGUUACCCUUCAAAGCCAGUCUUCUCCGGAUCUCUUGACCUCUCACCGUUUCUGAAUGAGUACAUGUUCGUUGGAUUUUCGGCUUCCACAGGCAAUCACACCCAAAUCCACAGCGUGCUUUCUUGGAACUUCACUUCUGUUAGUCAAGCUUUUCUUCGUGUGCCAUCAAUGGAGACAUGUGAGAGCAAGAUUGUUGUUACUGAAAACUCUCGUGCUGAGCCUCCCGGCACGUUCUUGAUCUUUAUAGCUGUGCUGGUACUUGCCAUAGCUGUUAUGCUUAGCCUUUACUAUAACAGCAAGCGUAGAAGUGCAAAUUCGGAUAGUGCUAGUAUAGUGUUGCCGGAGAAGAAGCAGAGACCGAGGCCUCCAAACAAGCCUAGAAGCUUCACAAUCUCGGAGAUUUCAUUGGCGACUAGGUCUUUCGGAGAGCUAGAGAUACUUGGAGGUGGAUCAAAAGGGGUGUGCUACCGAGGGAAGCUUUCGAACGGAUGUCAAGUGGCAGUGAAGCGGUUUUCGCCUCAGUUUCUGAACUCACAAGGGUUGGAUAGGAGGAGAUUGAUGAAGGAAAUCAAGGGGAUUAGCAGGGUUAGACACCCGAACUUAGUUUCCAUUAGAGGAUGGUGUCAGGACAAGAAAGAGACUAUGGUUGUGUAUGAGUUUUUCUCCAAUGGAAGCCUUGAUAAGUGGCUGUUUGGUGUUGGUGUUCUUCCGUGGACUCGGAGGUUCAAGGUUGUGAGAGAUGUGGCUGAAGCACUCAGUUACUUGCACUCCAAUCAAUUGGCGCACAAGAACUUGAAGACCACCAGUGUCUUUCUUGAUGUUAGUUUCCGGGCUGUUCUAGGAGACUUUGGGUUUGUGCUAUGUGGAGCAGAGUCGAGAAGGUUUGAAUCGACGGUGAGUCAAAGCGCUGAUGUGUUUGAAUUCGGCCUCUUUGUGUUGGAAGUGGUGGGAGGGAGGAAGAGGUUGGAGGCAGAGUUGGGUGAAUUGGAGGAGAGGGACUUGCUGGACUUCACCUGGAGAAUGCAUGAAAUUGGUGAAAUGAGGAGGGUUGUGGAUAAGAGAAUGGGUGCAGUGAUCAAUUUCGAUCAAGCAAUUAGGGUUUUGGAGAUUGGAUUGCUUUGCACACUGAAUGCGAGCAAAGGGAGGCCUAGUAUGGAGCAAGUUGUGGAGUUUCUUUGCAUGGAGAGGCCAAUCCCUGAGUUGCCACAGACUCGACCUAUUGCUUUGUUCCCCUACAACAGCACCAAUGCUCUCUGUACAGGUUAUUCUUGUGCUCCUUUCAAAUGAAGGAUAGUGUUGAAUCUUCUUGGGCCUUUUUAUAGAUUUUAGUGAGUAUAUAUAUGUGUGUAUGGAUUGCAAUGAUAGAUGUACUUCAUUUCCAGACAUUCUCAUUCAACUUCUCCAUAGAACUAUGGUUGUGUUGAAACAAGACGCUGGUCUUAAAUGAAGCAUGGUAUGGACAUAUAAUAAAAUGUGGUUUAGCGUCUGGGGCUGGUAAUAACCUCACUCAAGCUA